AUGGAGGAUCCUGACGCUGAAGAGACGCGUCACUUUGUCGAUCAGCUUAAUGCGAUCUCGGAAUCGUUCCUAGCCAAAGCUCCAAGUCGCGAGAAGAUCAGAAAACGACUUACCGAAUUAUGGAAUUAUGAGAAAUACAGCUGUCCAUCAAAACAUGGAGAUUUCUACUACUACCAAUAUAAUACUGGGCUUCAAAAUCAAUCCGUGCUUUACCAACAGAAGAAUGUGACUGAGAAAGGUGAGGUAUUCUUGGAUCCAAAUACGCUCUCACCGGAUGGGACCAUCGCUCUCGCUGACUUGGAAUGGACAAACGAUGGUUCGCUCCUCGCGUACGCUUUGAGCGAAAACGGUAGCGAUUGGACGACUGUUAAGUUCCGUAGUGUAGACAAGAAAGAUCUCGAGGACACUAUCACAGGAGUGAAAAGUAGUGCUCUCGCAUGGAUGAAAGACAAAUCAGGAAUAUUCUACUCCAAAUUUCCCGAUCAUAAGUCAAGUUUCGAUGGCAAGUCAGUGGAAAAAGACGAAAAUCAUUCACUUUAUUUCCAUCGUAUGGGCACUGACUAUAAGGACGAUGUUCUUGUCUACGAUCGUAAGAAUGACAGUAACCUCCUCAUUGCAGGAACAGUGACGGAAGACGGCCGCUUCCUCAUUAUCGACGUUUCUCAGGCAUCAUCUAAUAUGCUUUAUUAUUACGACUUAUCUUCAAUGAAGGGUCCUAUUGGGAGAAUCCACCCCACACCUCUAUUCGAUAAGUUGGACGCGCUAUACCAGUACGUUGAUCACGACAACGAUUCUAUGCUGAUCCUCACCGAUCACGAUGCUCCAAUGUUCAAGUUAAUUAGAAUCUCAUUGAAAGAUAAAUCAAUUAAAGAAGUCAUACCUGAAAAUCCUCGUCACAAGUUGGAUUGGGCUAGACCAGUUGCUAACGAUCGCCUUGUUGUCUCUUAUAUUGAAGAUGUCAAGCAUGCGUUAUAUGUGCAUGACCUCAACACGGGUUCACGAUUAUAUUCGAUCCCACUGAAAAUGGGGGAAAUUUCCGGGUUUUUCGCAAAGAAAGGACACGCUGAAAUGUUUCUCUGUUUCGAAUCUUUCUUGGUCCCCACCAUCGUCUACCGUCUGGAUUUUGCAGCCACUGACAGGGACGUCGCACCAGAGUUACAGGAAUUACGACGAGUUCGUGUACCUGGAAUGGAUGAAGGAGAUUUCGCGGUGCGGCAAGUAUUUUACGAGAGUAAGGACAAAACUAAGAUCCCCAUGUACAUCAUUUCAUUGAAAGCAGCGCCGAGGAACGGUGAUAGCCCAACAAUACUGUAUGGCUAUGGAGGGUUCGGUACCUCUAUGAUGCCGGGACUUUCCCUUGAUCAACUUUUCUUUGUGAGGCACUUCAAUGGUUACAUUGCAUGGGCUAAUCUUCGUGGCGGAGGGUAA